AGGUCAAGGUCGUAUGUGAAAGGAUUGAUGAAAAAGGCGGGUCUAUCAACACGAGUUGCCAUGGACGAUAUUCAGUCAUCUAUACAGAACGAGCUGGAGGACAUGGCUAAUGCUCGGUUGUCAAAGACAGGUCCCGCCACUUACAAUUUUAUGUGUGAAGCGUUUGGUGUCAAUUGUCCUCCAUACGAAACCGGAAGUGGUUCCACAAGGACGUCUGGUGAAAUUGUCGGCAGAUUUUCACGUCAUAGUGAGAUUGACUCUUGGUUGACAGCCAUAGAAUCCGAAUUCGGAGAGCUGGCUACCGUGGAAUCUAUUGGACAAUCAUACGAAGGACGAGACAUGAAAAUCAUCAAGAUAGGGAAAGCUUCUCCGAACCCGAAGCCCGUGAUUUGGGUCGAGGCGGGGAUCCACGCACGUGAGUGGAUAUCACCAGCUGUGGCUGUUUGGACGAUAGACAAGUUCAUACGAAACUACGGCCUAGACGAUGACGUCACAUACAUGUUGGACACGUUCGACUGGUUUUUCCUACCGUCAGCCAAUCCUGACGGUUACGAGUACACGUUUACUAAUGAUCGAUUAUGGCGGAAGACCCGAAGUCCCCAGCGCCGGGGCUGUUACGGUGUGGAUCCGAACCGCAACUUCGACGUGGAUUUUGGAGGAGCUGGAACAAGCAGGGACCCAUGCGCAGACACAUAUCCGGGUACUCAAGCUUUCUCGGAACCGGAAACUGAUAACAUCCGGAAGUCUAUAUGGAGUGUACGUGAUCGAGCCGUUGUUUUCCUGUCGUUCCACGCUUAUUCUCAACUCAUGCUAACACCGUAUGGCUACACCUCCUCCAAACCUUCCGACUACCCGGAGAUGUUGCGAAUUGCGGAUGCCAGCAUGUCUGCCUUGAGGGAGGUCCACGGAAAUACUUUUAGAGUUGGAACACCACCCGAUAUCCUGUACGCGGCCUCUGGCGGGACUUAUGACUGGGCCAAGUUGAAGGCCGGUGUGAAGUACUCGUACACUUACGAACUUCGUCCUGCCGAGGCGGCGUGGAACCAGUCCGGGUUUAUUGUAGGCGAGGACCAGAUAGUUCCCAGUGGGGAAGAGGUCUGGGCGUCCCUAGUUACCAUCGCUAAGGAGGUGCAGCUGUAACCAGGCAACCUGUUUAUAA